AAACGCUUCAGAUGCGCGCCUGUCAAAAGCGCUCGACGUUGAUGUGAACAAAACAAAAACGUCUUGUCAUCUGAUUUAUAUUUUUGCAAACUGCUUUUAACCGACUGGUUACGUUCAGAAGCAGGUUAAGUACCUGCUUUAAACACAGAAAAUUAUGGGGCGGAAGAAAAUACAGAUCUCUCGGAUCCUUGACCAACGCAACCGACAGGUGACAUUUACCAAGCGCAAGUUCGGUCUGAUGAAAAAGGCUUACGAGCUGAGCGUGUUGUGCGACUGCGAGAUCGCCCUCAUCAUUUUCAACAGCACAAACCGACUGUUUCAGUAUGCCAGCACCGACAUGGACAAAGUACUGCUGAAGUACACCGAAUACAGCGAACCUCAUGAAAGCCGUACCAAUAAUGACAUACUGGAGACUUUGAGAAGGAAAGGAUUGGGACUGGAUGGUUCUGAGUUGGUUGAUCAUGAAGAUGCCUCGUCGAUCGGAGCAGAGAAAUAUCAGCUCGGUGAUGGUAUGGAUCUGUCCGUCGCUCGCCAACGCUAUUACGCGUCUUCACACCUCCCUACCGAAGCACAGAUGAUGGGUUCAAGUAGUGAGAAUGGCUACACCAACUCUUCCAAUCCAAACCUAGGGAGGACACUGCCCUACAAAUCCCUAUGCAACAGAUCCGGCUCGGACGGUUCUGGAGGUUCCAACUCCCACGCGGCACUAGCAGGCCCGCAUUCAGGUGUGGGCUAUUCGACAUUCACCCAUGGCAACCUGAGCAGAGGUUUGGAGAUGAAAACUCCGCCCCCUCUGGGUGUCACCGGCGACGGACGGCGAAUCGACCUGCAUGCCGGCCUGUGCGGAACCCGCAGCAAUUUGAGCAAUGCAGUGAGAGAGUCCACCAAAAGGGCUUUGUAUCAGAGUAUGCACGCUGGAGGUCACAUGAUGACUAUGGGGAAGACAGGUUUACUGGGGCACAGUCUCGGGAACUACGGGCCCACAGACUACAGUCAUCCUGGUUACGCUGUGGGUUAUCAGCGCAAUUCCAUGAACACAUGGCAAUCUCUGAAUCAUCAGGAUGCCCACCAAUCCAUGAUCAGCUCUGGGAUGAGCUCAGCUGGAGGCUGCUCGUACCCGUCCCACAGCUCCUCCCCUACCUCCCCGACACACCCCUCCCUUAACCUGAGCAUCAAAUCAGAGCGCACCUCUCCUGACCACACUCUAUCAGCCACGCCCCCCGCCCAUCACAUGGUGCAACACUCACCAAUGGAAGAGCCUAAAGUUAUGAGCCACUGUCCUCCGAAGGAAUAUACCGCUUUGGAGAGAGACGAGGUGAAGAAGGGAGGUUUCUCCAGCCAGCAGGGUCCGCACAGAGACCCUGGAGAGGAGAAAUGCGAUCAUUCUCUAAAGCAGCGAGACAUCAGUAAUGGAUGGAUAAGAUAGUCUAUAAAAAGAUUCAUUAUCAUUCUGGGUUCACCAAUUCUGAGCUUCAUUUUCAAGAAUUGGUUCUGGUUUGAUUUGUCAAUGCAUUAUAUAAGCAGUGAAGGAGAUACGUUUAAGAAGGUCUGUUAUAAUUUUAAGUUUAAGGAAAACUAGCAACCACUUCCUUUUGCUGCUUGAAAUAUAUUGGUACACCGUCAGAAAUAAUGGUCAAAAAUCUGUCACUGAGGCGGUACCAUUUCAAAAAGUGAACCUUUGCACUUAAAGUGUUCAUAUUAAUACCUUAGAGGUACAUUUUGGUACUAAAUGCAUACAUUUUUGCGCACCAAAUGUAUAGCUUUUAAGAGGUACUGUCCCAGUGUCAGCGUUGCAUUUUUUUUUUGACUCUUUCUUUUCUGACAGUGUUUUUUUUUAAAUGCCACAUUUUAUAGAUGCACUUAUUUGGAGUUUUAAUCAAACGCUUUUGUCCAAAGCGCAUUUAAUCUAUAGGCCUACGUUGUUUAUACAUUAUGUGUGUUCCCUGCGAGUUAAACCUAUCAGUUUUGUUUUGCUAACACAGUGUCAAUUUAUCUAGAGGAACAGACAGUUUUAUACCUUUUUAAUGUGUUUUUAACUUUUUUUGUGUGUUUAUAAGAAACAUUUGCUUAAUGUAACAGGUGAUGCAUUGUGUAUUUUUCAGGUUAUCACUUAAAAGAUCAAUGCAAAUGCUAUGUAGAUUACAUAAUCAGUUUUAAAAUAAACCAAAAUUGCAGCCAUGAUGCACACAUUACAUUUUCACUUUACCAGAGCAACAUUUAAAUAUCAAUGCUGUUCCAGUUUACAAUUGUGAUUUAUGCCAUGAUGUAAAUUACUGUAAAGUCAAGCAUUAUGUUCAUGUAAAUGAUCUUUACUCAGGACAGUGUUUUCAGGUACACGAUGUAAUUAUAUUUUAAAAAUUAAGGCAUUUCUAAGUAGAUGACUUUGUUUUCUUAAUAUGCAAUAUCCUGUCGCAGUGUUUUUACUUUUAUUUUAUUUUUCACCUAUAUGCUUGUUUUAUGAGUU